CUUGGGGCGAACUUCACCGUAUUUGACGGCCAGUUAAUGGUUGACACCUCAGCAGAGUUGGCCGACACGUUGAUGGGAUUUAGUAACAUCUGCAUCAUCAAAUUCAAAUUCAUACAAAUUCAACUGGUGCAGCGGAGUCUAAGAUCUGUACUGCCCGCUAAAUGUAGCAAAGUGGAACAACGCCUGGACACAGCUUGUCAUUUCAGUGUGGAGGGCAAAAUAAUUAUUAACAGCGAGCGAGUGGGUGGUGAAACUCUUCUGGAGGCUGGGAAUAAGCGGUGGGGAUCACUGGCCGUGACAAUGGCCGACCACCUGAGCACAGCUUUACUCCUGGCAACACUGCUCACUGUGCUGUCCUUCACUGCAGUUAGUGGAAGCGUUGUGGAAAACUGCAGUGAUUUCCAGCCCUACUCGUGGUGGAAUAUGCUCUGGAGGUCCCAACACCAAGUGCACUUCCUGCUUCUCACCCGUGGCAACGCCGACUGUGCUCAGGUCAUCAGCCGGCCCGGCGACAUCGGCGAAUCAAACUUCAACGCCAGCCGCCCCACCAAGAUCAUCAUGCACGGAUUCAGAUUGACAGGGAGCAAGCCAUCGUGGGUUGACAGCAUGGCCAAGGAACUGAUUCAUGCAAUGGACGUGAAUGUUGUUACGGUAGACUGGAUCAUUGGAGCCACAGCUUUGUACACCUCCGCAGUGAAAAACAUGGACACGCUGGGAGUGAAGAUUGUUUCCUUUAUACAAACACUUGUACGGGGAAGCACAAGAGAGUCCUUCCAUUUGAUUGGGAUCAGUCUGGGAGCACAUGUGGCCGGAUAUGUGGGUCAAAUGUUUGAUGGAAAACUUGGAAGAAUUACAGGCCUGGACCCUGCGGGACCCAAGUUUUCCAGGAGCACUGGGGAGAGACGGCUAGAUGCCAGCGAUGCACUGUUUGUGGAAGCCAUUCACAGCGACUCUGACAACUUUGGGAUUUCCCAGCCAGUUGGCCACCUCGAUUUCUACCUGAACGAUGGAAAUGACCAACCUGGCUGCUCAAGGUCCUCCCGGCUCUCAGUGUACCAGCGCGUGACAUGUGACCACAUGAGGGCCGUUUAUUUGUACAUCAGUUCCAUCAAGAACCCUUGUCCAUUGGUAGCUUUCCCCUGCCAGACAUACGAACAAUUUACAAAUGGGGACUGUGCCGACUGCCAUCACCAGUCCCUGACGCACUGCCCUCGUAUAGGGCUUUUGGACCAUGCAGGAUUGCACACGGACAUACAACCGAGGGAUGUUAAAGCCUUCCUGAUGACAUCAAGUCACAUUCCUUUCUGCGCUAAACAUUUCCUGGUGGAAGUGUUUCUGGGAGAGGUUGGGCCUCAUCAGCAGCGUGUCGAUGUGAUAUUCCUGAGUAGUAAUUACACCCAUUUGUCAAAACUGCAAAUAUCCAUAUCCAACAAGCAUUCAAAAAUGAAAAAGGUGAUCGCGCAUGAUCAGAGCAUUGAGGACAUGGCAUCGAUCGCUCUGAAACUGUCAUCGAGCUGGCGUAGAAAGCCCCACACCAUUCACAUCGAGGAGAUGCGCGUGACAGAGCUCCCUCUGAAUCACAGAGACAGACCAUCGCGCUGCAUCUAUAAUAUGGUGAUAUACAAAGCUCUAUUUAAAGAAUUUGGCGCCUGUCUCAGCAUCGAUUGUUCCGGGAAGAACGCUGCCAAACAACGCUGCCAGUUGCAAUACAAGUGAAUGUUAGUUGGACCUGGUUAAUAUAUGAUAUUCGGAGAUAUUAACCUAGCAUUCAGCAGAUUUGUAACAUGUAGCGGAUUGAGUGAUACAACAGCCAACAUAAUCAAAGACUUGUCCACCCGGUCGGUCAUUCCUUCUCCCCGCUCCAGUCCGGCAGAAGGUACAGAAGCUCAAAAGCGCUCUUCACCAGCUUCCUCCCCUCUGCCAUCAGGCUUCUGAACGGUCCUUCCAUAAACUAGGGUGAUGUCCGAUUCACCUCUACACCAAUCUGGACAUUGCACUUUGUCCAAAUGCGUUACAAUGCUGAGAACUAUAUCCCGCACUCUGUAUCUUCCCCUUUGCUUCACCUAUUGUACUAGACUUUGACGAUUGUAUUUAUGUGUUGUAGCGGCACCUGCAGGUGCCUGUGAGUAGUCGAACCCUGCGGUUGGUUACCUCAGUCACCUAACCGUGGGGAGGGGGGGUUUCUGGGCAAGCCCAGCCCAUUCAUUCUCUUAGCCACCGUUGAGGUAGUAGUACUGUAUUUAGCCGUCUCAAGAUUACUGGUGUUUUCACCACUUUCACAAUAAAGCUCAAUUGGAAUUCAACCUACUGUCUCAACUCGCUAAAGUAUAAUAUUACCCAAUUAGAUUGGAUAGCGUGCAAAGCAUAGCUUAGUACACCUAAACGUAAAAGAUGUACUUCAAGGUACACGGUGAGUUUAUUGUCACAUGCACCACAUUAAGGUACAAUUCAGAUUGCCAUAGUCAUACCAAUAUAGAGCACAACACACCCAAGUAAAUGUUUAACAUGAACAUCCACCACAGUCACUUCCCCACAUUCCUCACAGUGAUGGAAGGGAAAAGUGUUCAAUCUUCCUCCCUUCUUUGUUGGGGCAUUCGAACCUUCCGUUGUCUUGGCUCCCGCAACCGGCGGUCGAUCCCUCCGCAUCGGGGCGAUCAAGCUCCCGCAUCGAGGGGGAUCUCAGCCCUCCGCGCCGGGCGGUCAGACCCCGAGUCGGGGCUGGUCAAAUGUCCUGCGUCUCGGAGCUUCCCAACACCAGUCUCUACCCGAGACCGUGAGCUCCUCGAUGGUAAAAUCGGCAGGCUUUCCGUCGAACCGCAGGUGAAAUACGUUGAUCCCAGGUAAGCGAUGGCAGGCUCCGAUUGUGAGUCCGCGGCCCCGCGGUGGGGCUUAAAGUCAGUCUCGAGCACGGCCGCCAGCUCCAUGUUAGGCUGCAGAGCUACCGGAGAUACGACCCGGAAAACAAUCGCAUCUCCGGCAAGGUAAGAGAUUGAAAAAAGUACCCCCCCCCCCACACAUAAAACAAACCAGAGAACAUUAACGCUAACUUUUUAACAUGUACUUAAAAUAACAAAACAGAAGAAAGGACAGACAGACUGUUGGCGAGGCAGCAAAUGUAAACUGUAGAACUAAAGAACUUUCUGGUCUUUCACACAAAGAGCGGCACAGAAUUGGAGCACUCUUGAUUCAUGCACCCUUCAACAAAACAUCCCCAGUCAGCAACAAGAAAGUAACCGCUAUUCCUAGACGGGACAGGAGGUGGCACAAGCUCAACAGAUCCACAGAGAAGGGCCACACGACAUCCAUCUGCCUCUGUGCUACUGGAGCAAGGGCUGUAAGGCUCUGGCAAGGCAUCAUCGGCAAGGAAUGAGUACGAACGAUCAGUGCCAACAGGGACCUCGUCUCACACAGGGAGACCCCUGGAGAGUGGUGCAGAACAGAUGUGGGUGUACAGGUACAUGGGUCCCUCAAAGUGGCGAGCCACAUCAAGGCAUUUGGUACAUUUGCCCUCAUUGGGAAGGGAACUGAUUACAGGUGUUAGGACAGCACGUUCCAGCUGUCCACAUUUGGAGCACUGUGCACUGUUCUGGUCGCUCAGCUAUAGGAAGGACAUCGUUAAGUUGGAAAGCGUGCAGUCAAGAUUCACCAGGAUGUUACCUGGGCUCGAAUUACAGGGAGAGGUUGCGUUGGACAGAUUCAAAGUUCUCUCUUUUAGUGUAUGAGGCUGAGGGGUGAUCAGGAUCACGAGGGGCCUGGACAAAGGAAGCACAGUCUUUUUCCCCCAGGGUAGUGGACAGUUACAGAUAGGAAGGAUUCAGAGGGAAAUGGAGAAUGGGACUAGUCCAAUAUGCCAACUUGGUUGGCAUGGACAAGGUGGGCCAAAGGGCCUGUUUCCAUGCCUUACAGCUCCAUGGCUCUGUAAAUGUACAGAGAACAGCAUUGUUGCCACAAAAAUCAACUUGUCUUGUCAGAGGGAGAGAAGAUAAGAUGCCAUGGCAACGCAUCCCAAUCAAGCACUGGUUCCUGCCACUGCCUGGCUAAUGGUUGCAUAGACGUUGCAUAGAUCACCAACGACCAACCUAUGGUUUAGUUUAUUGUCACAGAGGUUUAGUGAAAAGCUUUUGUUGCAUGCUAACCAGUCAGUGGACAGACUGUACAUGAUUAUAAUCGAGCCAUUCACAGUGUUUAGAUACAGGAUAAAGGGAAUAAUGUCCAGUAAAGUCCAAUUCAAGGUAAUCGGAGGGUCUCCAAUGAGGUAAAUGAGGGCCACUCUCUAGUUGGUGGUAGGAUGGUGCAGUCAGCUGGGAAGUAACUGGCCCCAAAUCUGGAGGAAUGUGUUUUCACACUUCUGUACCUGUACACAGUCACACUCUGUUGUUCAAGAAGGAACUGCAGUUGAUGGAAACAUCGGAGGUAGACAACAAUGCUGGAGAAACUCAGCGGGUGAGGCAGCAUCUAUGGAGAGAAGAAAAUAGGCAACGUUUUGGGUCGAAACCCUUCUUCAGACUGAUGUGAGGGUGGGGGAGGGGAGGAAGAAAGGAAAAGGUGGAGCCAGUGGGCUGAGGGAGAGCUGAGAAGGGGAGGAGAUAGUAAGGACUACCUGAAAUUGGAGAAGUCAAUAUUCAUACCGCUGGGAUGCAAACUGCCCAAGCGAAAUAUGAGGUGUUGCUCCUCCAAUUUACAGUGGUCCUCACUCUGGCCUUCAACUCCCUCUCCCAUUCCGAAUCCGACCUUUCUGUCCUGGGCCUCCUCCAUUGCCAGAGUAAGGGCCACCGUAGAAGGGUUUUGGCAUGAAACGUCGCCUAUUUCCUUCGCUCCAUAGAUGCUGCCUCACCCGCUGAGUUUCUCCAGCAUUUUUGUCUACCCAGUCACACUCUGCUCACCAGUAACCUGGUCCCAAACAUGAGCAUCCACAUGUCUGUGGCUACAAGGUCAGUGCCAAUGGAUUGGAUGUGUAGGAAAGAACUGCAGAUGCUGGUUUAAACCAAAGAUAGGCACCAAAUGCUGGAGUAACUCAGCGGGACCUUCUCUGGAGAGAAGGUGUGGGUGACGCUUCGGGUCGA